AUGACCAGAAAAUAUAAGGUGGUUAGGAUUUUCGGUGAAAAAUCAUUGGAGGAGGAGUGCAAAUAUGGGUGCCAAGUAUACACGGUUGGAACUGGAUCGUGGAGAAAAGUUCCCUUUGGUGACUCGCUCAGGUUAUGUGACGAUGUUGGAGGGGUACUUGUGAAUGGGAAUCUUCAUUGGACCGCCAAGGAAACAAGAAGAGGCUCUGGUGAAUGGAUUUGUUGCUUUGAUCUUGAAACGGAACUUUUUAGCAACUUCCCUGCACCUCCUCUUUCUAGUAGUACAGGUAGGUCACUGUGUGUUUUGCGUGAUUGCCUUUGUGUAAGCGAUAUUUCAAACACUGAUGGGUGCAUUAUAAUCUGGUUGAUGGAGGAAAAUGAGCACGGUUGGACAAAGAUAUUUGUCAUCCCUGAUGUUGAUAGGCUUCCUAUUGUUGAAGUUUGGCCGAUUAGAAUUUUCGAAAAUGGCGACGUCUUGAUGGAAUGCGAGGAUGGCACGCUAUUCUGCUAUUCCAAUAAAACAAAAACUUUUGACUACGACAUUGUGUCUCAAGAGUAUCGUGCACCGUUCCCCUCUACAUUCGUGUAUGCCCCGAGCUUUGUCUCUCUCAAGAGUUUUGCUAUGGAGAAUGCAUGGUGGCUUGAUGUUCCUCCAACUUACUAUAUCGGCGUCUAUGAGUCUAUGACGCACAUACCUGAUGAUCUAGUCUCGAAUGCAGAUGCUUCUUGUCGUAUUCCUACAACCGGCCUUAAUGAUUUUGAUGAAUUCUGUCUUGUUAAAGAUUUCGCUGUAAAUUGA